GCCGUUGAUAAGCCCGGUAGUCUGGCACGGUUCUUUGGCCCGUUCGUUUGUCGUUGUGUCCGUCGGUGGUUGCGUGUUAAACUGUUGGAUAGUUUUUAGGUCGAGUUCGACUCUUGUCAGCAUCCGAUUCCGAAGUGAGAACAUCUCCUGUUAACGGCGUGCCUGACCCCCGAUGACGUUAGGGAUUGUCAGAUCUUUGGUCAAGAUCGUGUGUAUUACCAGAUUUCCCCCGCAACUCCAAAGACCGUCGUCAUCAGAGGCCAAUUUAUACGCAGGUUCUGAAAUAUAUUGAAUGAAUUUUAAUAGCAUCCCUUCAAAUAUUCCCUCGCAAUACGUAGGCCGAUAUUAUAUUAUUUCAACACCGCGGGUGCAUCGUCGACGAACUGCAGUUGCUUUCGCAUCGGCAAUUUUACUAACGUAGAAGAAUCUACGAUAAAAAAGUGACGCGCUCGAAGUGUCAGCAGUUCAUCUGAGAAACUCCGAGAAUUGAAUGAAAACAAGUGCGAGGGUUGAAUGUUCGAUGCAGUACAGUGCAGUGUAAUCGACACCCAUUCCUCCCCAAAAAAAUUCACCGGAAGCGCCUAUUUUACACGCAAAUAUUACCAUAUAAAUUCUGUGUGUAUCAGUGGAAAUAAAGAUCAAAGAAAAUAUUAUUUAUUCAAUAAGUGCUAUUGGAAUACUCACGCUCUUUUAACCGUACAGUCUAUACUCUGUUACAAAAGUGAUAUUUGUUACGUUGAAGAUGAUCUUGUAGCAUCAAAAAUUAAUCGAUGAUCCUAUAGUUUAUUCAAUCGGACAUUCGAGAAAAAUUGGAGUGCGCAAUAAUGGCAGGAAUCAUAAUGCCGCUGAUGAGAUUUUUCAAUUAAAUUCAAGAAAAGUCGAUGACGGUGCUCCAAAGGGGUAAUAGAUCGUCAAAUGAUGCAACAGCAACAUGAACAACAGCACGACGUUGCUGCGGACUGUUGCUACCAGCAGUGGGCGACGCAUCAUCAUCAUCAUCAUCAUCACCUUCAUCAGCAUCCGCAUCAGCAACAGCAUCAACAUCAACAUCAUCACGCACAACUACCGCCCGUGCCGUCGCCGAUGCAGCAAAUGGAAGGUGCGUCGAUAGUAACUACGACCGCGUUGUCCACAGCGUGUCUGCAGACAGCCGGAAGGGUAAAACGUUCUCGAAGUCCGACGUUGGAAACUACGUUAGCUCAGGCGUCAUCGGCGAUUUCACCAUCGUCAUCGAGUGAGUCCAGAAAUGACAAUAACAACAACAAUAACGACACGACGAGCACAAAUUCUACCAACGAAGAUUCUACCACCCCGAAGAGACCUCUUCAUCCCGCUCUUUCCGCCGUCGGAGUCUCUCUGGAGGCGAGACCGCUCUGGGAAGAAUUUCACCAACUCGGUACCGAGAUGAUCGUCACCAAGGCCGGUCGCAGGAUGUUCCCCACGUUCCAGUGCAGAAUAUUCGGGCUGGACCCGAAUACGGAUUAUCUUUUGGUGAUGGAUUUUGUACCAUGCGACGACAAAAGGUACAGAUACGCCUUUCACAGCAGCGCAUGGGUCGUCGCUGGUCGUGCAGAUCCUGUAUCACCCCCGAGAAUUCAUGUUCAUCCGGACAGUCCCGCUACCGGGGGUCAUUGGAUGAAGCAGCCCGUUUCCUUCGAUAAAUUGAAACUCACCAAUAAUCAGCUGGACGACAACGGCCACAUCAUCUUGAAUUCCAUGCAUCGUUACCAGCCCCGUUGUCACGUGGUCGUAGCCCCAUCCCCUCCAGGUUCAGCGCCUGAUCCUAGAACGGAAAAUUUCAAAACCUUCACCUUCCCUGAAACAAGGUUCACGGCUGUAACGGCCUAUCAAAAUCAUAGAAUAACGCAGUUGAAAAUUGCGAGCAACCCUUUCGCUAAGGGUUUCAGGGACUGUGAACCUGACGAGUGUGAAUCUCCGAAUUCCGGUUCUUCUCAAGGCGUACAGAAUCCUGCGAAAAGGCCUGCCACUGGGUCUAGCAACGUGUUGCCGAAUUAUGCCUCCGUCCCUUCUGUCCCGAUCGGUUCCAGCAUCUCCGCAGGGAUUUCCGGUAUCCCAAAUCCGGAACAUCAGUUUUAUGGGGCUAGUGCGAGCCACUGGGGAUAUCCUGGUCACCAAUCGGCUCACAUGACUUCGCCUCAUCAUUACCCCGCGCAUCCUCAUCACGCGCAUCCUGGAGCCCACGCUUCUUCGCUUUAUGGACCAAGGUAGCCCUAAAAGUGAUAAAAACAAAAAGAAAAGAAAACUGGCGUUGAUCAUCGACUGAGAAAUACACAAGAAUCAUCAGUUUCCGAUCGAAUUUUAUUCGGCCGCAGGUUUUUGAGCUAAAUUCCUACAUCGGUGACCUUGGUGUUCCGAUUUGGAGGGGUAAUGGGUUGAGGUCAAAGUUCAAUUUUACAUUAAGUGAAUGUAAAUUUCAAGUUAGAAUUUAUAUAGGUACGUUUUAAUUACCAUAGGCAUGUCAAAUAAUAUAUCAGUUAGUAAAUUAUUGAAAAAACGCUUAAUACAACGUCUAGUGGUAAAACGCCAAAGUUGAUUAGUUUAAUUGAAUAAUUGCAUGAGUAAUGAAAAGAAUAAAAAAUUGAAAAAUUGUACAGCCAUAUGAAAGUCGUGUAGGAACAUGAAAUUUUUUAAAUUUUACCUCUGCGGUGCGAGGACCGUAGAAAAACUUGUAGGAAUAAAUAUAAAGGUCAUUUAUGUUAUUCGAGUUGUACAAAAGUGUGCUUUGUGGAGACAAAGUGUCCAUUCAAAAACCAAAACAAACCAAAGAAUAAAACAGAAAAUAAGAAAUAAAGAAAAUCAUGGCGUCUCGAAGACCCCGCGACACCUCUGCCAUGCAACUGUAUGCGCUAGACCUGAACUUGAGCUUAUAACAGUUUAGUUAAGAGUUAAGACUAUACCUCAAGUGCCUUAAUAAAUUAUAUUCAAGUAUUGUACUAUUAGAGUUUAGUUUACAAUUCAAGAUAACAAUGAGAACGAGCUUUGUAUUAUACAUAUUAUAAUUAUACGAACGAGAUUCAAAUAUAUAUACAAACACGUGGCGUACGUUGAAAUA